AUGACGGCCCCAACUCCAACCCGCGCUACCCGCGCCAACUACACCCCGGGCAUCCCCAUGAUCGACAACUACUUCCAAGCCAACCCCAUUAGCGACCUCACGGAGCUCGACGCCUCCCACUUCUGCGAACUCUUCCUCCUCCUCUCCCCCAUCAUCUUCCCCUCCGACGACGACCAAGACGCAGUCGACGAGAGCGAAGUCUCCCGUCGCAUGAAGAAUUUCAUGGCGUACUUGCAGCGUCACUGUGUCGUGUUGAAGCCGAAGGAGGGGAAGAAGGUGGGCGUGAAGAAGCUGGUUGCGGAGGCAGUGGGGCUUUGGAGGGUGAUUGUGGAGGAUACGGACGACGAGGGGGAGGGCGCUGUUGCGGGAGCUGAGGAUGGAAAUUCUCAGGUUCAGGAUGUGAGCCAUGGCGUGCCGGUCGUUCAGAGGAAGCGUACGGUUCAAGGCAUUGCUCAGGCCAAGGUCCACUCGGUCAUCCAGAAGAAGGCCAUGGUCCACGGGAAUGCCCAGGUCAAGCCAAUUGCCCAGAAGAAGCUCGUCAUCAAAGGCAACGCUCAGACCAAGCCAUCCGCCCAGAAGAAGGUGAUCACCCAAGGCCACGCUCAGGACAAUGUCAACACUCCGUCCUACUCCAACGACGGUCCUACCUUCUCCGAUCCAAAUCAUAUCGAUUCCAGCAAUGGGGAAGGAGACCUCACAAUGUCCUACAUCUCUGACCGUGGCGAGUGCACUGCCAAUCCACCACCACUUGCCAUCAUGGACAACAACAACACCAACGAUCUCAAUACCAUGGCAUCCUCCUCAUCCUCCACCUCAGCAGCCACAGACACGCUCAACAACCUCCUCCUCGAGAUCAUGCAAGAGUUCCAGGCGGGCGAAUACCUCCGCUCGGUCGUCUUGCUGGGAAAAGCGAGUGGCUUUGUCGUCAAGGUGGGAGAAGAGGCUAUUGAAGGGGAGAAGCAGUACUAUGAGUCUUGUCAGCAGGCCGAUCAGGAAUGCUUCGACCAUUGCCAGGAUCAGGAUAAGUACCAGUACCAGUACGAGACUAGCGACGUCCAGGUCCUCGCUGGUGGUGACGACAGUGGCGACGAAUCCCACAAUGGGACCGUUAACCGGGAGGAGGAAGAUCAGGUCAACAUCAAGCAGGAGGAGGAAGUGGAGUCUCAAGAGGAAGAGCUCUGA